GCUCAGGAGAAUUGACCUUUUCAGUAGAGUGAAAACAAAAAAAAAUGGUCUAUUUAAAGUUGCUUUCGUAUUUUGUGUUCUCCGUAUGUUCAAAACCGUAGAAGAAGAAGAAGAAGAAGAAGAAAAUAACCAAAACAAAUAUAAAGCUUCCUUUUUUUUUUUUUUGUAUUUGAGUUUUCUUAGAUCAAUUGGUUAAACCCUGUCAUAUCAAUUAGUUCUCGAUUCUCCGCGGCCAUGCAACUUUAGAGGUUUUUCUUUCUUUUUUUCGUUUAUUUGGGAGUGAUUAUGGGCGCGAAUAUAUCAGGUGGGUUGCCGGGGUUUGACCGGAACGGUGACGUUUACUCGAGGAAACCCAGAUUGGUGGAUUUACCGGAGAAUUGUGUUGCGUUGAUUAUGACGCGGCUUGAUCCGCCGGAGAUUUGCAGGCUUGCUCGUCUCAGCAGGCUGUUCCGUCGCGCUUCGUCAGCUGAUUUCAUAUGGGAGUCAAAGUUGCCUCCGAAUUAUCGGGUUAUUGCACAGAAGGUGUUUGAUGAAAUUACUCUGAGGAAAUUAAUAAAGAAAGAUAUUUAUGCCAAGCUUAGCCGGCCUAAUCUCUUCGACGGUGGCACAAAGGAACUGUGGAUAGAUAAGAACACUGGUCGUCUUUGUUUAUCCAUUUCUUCAAAGGCACUAAGGAUUACUGGAAUUGAUGAUCGCAGAUACUGGAGUCACAUCCCAACAGAUGAAUCCAGGUUCCAUUCAGUUGCAUAUGUUCAACAGAUAUGGUGGUUUGAAGUAGGAGGAGAGUUUGAGAUCCAGUUUCCAUCUGGAACAUAUAGUCUCUUCUUCCGUAUUCAGCUCGGUAAAACAUCAAAGAGGCUUGGAAGGAGAAUCUGCAACUCAGAACACAUUCAUGGAUGGGACUUAAAACCUGUGAGGUUCCAGCUCGCGACUUCAGACAACCAACAAGCUGUUUCACAGUGCUAUCUGAACAACAACCCUGGGAACUGGAGUCACUAUCACGUCGGAGAAUUUAAAGUGACGAACCCAAAUAUAUCUACAGGAAUCAAGUUCUCAAUGACUCAAAUCGAUUGCACUCACACGAAAGGUGGGCUAUGCAUAGACUCUGUUCUUAUACUACCUAAAGAAUGUGUAAAAGAAUUCAUUGGAUCAGAAUAGUUUUGUAGAUAUAGAUUGAGAUUGUUGUAAAGGGUGAAAGAAUCUUUUUCAGUGAAACACAUUCACUAUACUGGUUUUUUCUUAAUCUGGGAGUGCAUUCUCAAUACCAGAUCUGGAACUUGUGUACACAUGGUUGGGCUGUCUCUAGUUUUGUCUGUAGUUACAAGGUGAUCGUGAAUCGUGAUUGUCAGUACAUUUUUUCUCCAUUUAGAUAAUAGAGAUUAUAACACUUCUUAUUUUU